AGGAUGGACUGGAAUAGAGCUCGGGCCAUUAUAUGAUAAAAUGAUGGAGUUAAGGGGUCAACAUCCUCCAGAAGAAUUGUCUGAUAAAGAGAUUAUGGAGCGUGUACUUGGACGUAAUUCGGUAUACUUGCGAGGGUGGGGACGGUCUCCUAGUGUCACAACUUCUACUUCACAUCGUGAAAAUAUUGUGGGUAAUCAACCAACUUAUGAAGAGUUACUUGAACGACUUAAUGAUACAACUUCCCGCCUUAAUGCUACUAGCGAACAACUUAGUGUAGUUGUGGAUAUACUUCGUCAUAACAAUUUGAUGGCACCGCCUCCACCACCUCCAACAGACCAAGCUUCAGAUGCAAAUUUAAGAGAGUCGCCAUCUAUUUCAGUUCGGGAGUCACAAGAUGAUUCUUAGUUUAUUUACAUUAAUUUUACUAAGGAAUGAACUUUAUGAAGUUUUUUUUAUUUUGGUAGGGGUAACCUUAAAAUGAUAACUUUAUAACUUAUUUUAGUAUUGAACAUUAUAAAGAAUUUUAGCAUUAAAUAUUUUA